UGAUUCCCCCAGCGGUGGCCCAAACUAUCGCCGUAGAUCACCGCAUUUACCCAGGGGAAGGAUUGGACUUUAUUGCCCUGCGAAAGUAACGGAGAACCGAACUUCAGUGCUAUCCGAAAGAGUUGGAGUGUGCCACCGUUAAGAGCUUGGAAUAACUUCUUUGAAGAUCUGCACUUAUGCAGUGAUAACUCCAAAUCAACAUGGCGAAGUAUCAUGUGACGAAGCGUUCUGCAGUAAUCCUUUUCAUAGCUUUUCUGCUUGCUGCUACUUUGGUUGGACUCCUGUGUGGACUGCUACCAACGUGUGAAAUAGAACCAGUCGUACCGGAGCCCCAAAAGCAAGCAUGGGAGAACACCAGACUUCCAUUGACCCUCUCCCCCGUCUCCUAUGACCUCCUAGUCAGGACAGACUUGACCAAUUUCGUCUUCAGUGGUUCCGUGGAGGUCCUGUUCGAAUGUCUGGAUUCGACGGAACUCAUUUUGAUCCACGGUAAGAACUUGGUCGUCGGUGAAGGACGGACUACACUGAAGCGGGAUGGAGGCGGAACGGCGCCGGAACUACUGAAAGAACCCUGGAUUUACGAGGAGAACCAGUUCAUAGUGAUCGAGCUGGACGGAACUCUAAAGAAAGGAGACAUGUACAGAUUGUACAUUGAGUUCGAGGGACCUCUGCUCGAUGACCUCUUGGGAUAUUACAGGAUGUCUUACACUACGGCAGCUGGCGAGAAGAGGUUUCUGGCUAGCACAUUUUUCGACCCAGUCGACGCCCGCAAAGCCUUCCCGUGUUUUGACGAGCCUGCCAUGAAAGCAACAUUCACCAUUACCCUGGAGCAUGAGCCCAAGUACCACGCCCUCGCCAACUCGGCCAAGAGUGGAGACGAUGAAGUACUCAGUGAUGGAUGGAUCAGAGCUACGUUCAAGGAAACCGUCAAGAUGUCUUCGUAUCUCGUGUGUUAUGUCGUCAGUGACUUCAAGGCCAAGUUUACAACCACGGCAAAUGGUGUUAUAUUCGGUGUUUGGGCCCGUGAGGACUACAUCAACCAGACGGACUAUGCGCUCGAGAAGGGAGCUGCCGUGUUGGAUUACUUCGAUGGGCUGUACGGGGAAGGUGUGGUUUAUCCAAUGGAGAAAAUGGAUAUGAUAGCCCUGCCAGACUUCACCGCUGGUGCCAUGGAAAACUGGGGUCUGAUCACAUACCGCGAUACCGCCCUUCUUUACGAGGAUGGAGUCUCGUCAGAGAGUCAGAAACAAAGAGUCUGUGCUAUUGUCGCCCAUGAGUUAGCGCAUCAGUGGUUUGGUAAUCUGGUAACGAUGCAGUGGUGGGACCAUCUCUGGUUGAAUGAAGGAUUCGCAAGCUACGUGGAGUACGUCGGUACAGUGGAGGUAGAACCAGACUGGGGAAUGUGGGAUAAGUUCAUUUUGUACGAUCUCCAUAGAGCCAUGGCAACGGAUGCUCGGGUCACUUCUCGACCAAUCAUCAACGAGGUGGAAACACCGGCAGAAAUCAACUCCAUGUUCGACAGAAUAUCAUACCAGAAGGGUUCGUCUGUUCUCCGCAUGAUGAGUACCUUCUUGGGAGAUGAAACAUUUGUGAAGGGUCUGAAGUACUAUCUGGAUGCCAAGCAGUACGGUAAUGCAGUCAAUAGUGAUCUCUGGUUGCAUAUAGACACGGCAAUGAAGGAAGACAAUAUCAAUCUUGGAGAUGGGAUGGACAUAGCGACAGUUAUGAAAACCUGGAUGCAUCAGAUGGGUUUUCCCGUCAUCAAAGUGGAGCGAGACUACACUGGCAAUGGUCAGAUUACGGCCAGAGUGGAGCAGAAACGCUUCCUGUCUGAUCCCACCGCUGACACCAAAACUGACUAUGAUGACUUAGGCUAUGUGUGGUAUGUGCCCUUGACUUACACAACCAGCAAUAGUCCUGAAUUUGAGUCGCCAGACUCAAAAUGGAUCAGACCAGAAGAUGAAUUUGUUUCCAUAGAGACACCCGGGAGCAACACUGAUUGGUUGCUGCUGAACAUCGAUCAGAAAGGAAUCUACAGAGUCAACUACGAUGAUCAGAAUUGGGAGUUGAUUAAAGCUCAGCUCGAAUCAAAUCACAAGGCAAUAUCCACAGCUAGUCGAGCGUCUCUGAUCAGCGAUGCCUUCAGUUUGGCUGAAGCCUCUGAGAUCAGUCAAAGUAAAGCCUUUGACAUGACCACCUACCUGAAGGAAGAGAGAGACUUUGUGCCCUGGUAUGCUGUAGACGGUGCCCUGAGUAACACUGAGAAAAACUUGCAACGAAAAGGGGCAUUUGGCAACUUCCAGAAAUAUAUGAGGGGCCAGGUUACUCCUAUGUACGAGUUUGUUGGAUGGGAAAACACUGGGGACCAUCUCACAAGGAUGAGUCGUGGAGGUGCAGUCAGUAUGGCUUGUCGCUAUGGUAACGAGGAUUGCAUCGAGACAUCUGUCAAUUAUUACUCCCAGUGGAUGACAAAUCAAGAUGAAAUUGUUGUGCAUCCAGAUAUGCAAGCUACCGCAUACUGCUCAGCUAUCGCAGCAGGUGGACAGGACGAAUGGAACUUUGCUUUUGAUGUCUACACAGGUGCCAAUACCCCGGCAUCAGUCAAGGCCAGGUUGCUUACGGCCAUGGCAUGCAGUAAAAAACCAUGGAUACUCAACACGUAUCUGAGUUACAUCCUUGACACCAGCAUCAUCCGGGCUCAGGAUGCAGCGGAUGUUAUUACAGCCGUGGCUGGUAACCCGGUAGGGCUCCCUCUAGCAUGGGACUUCUUCAGGGGCAAUUGGGAAUUCUUCAGAACAGGGUAUGGUGAUACCGUUUUCCUUCUUGAUAGUAUCAUCAGCGGAAUCACAUCUUAUUUUAAUACACCAUUUGAGCUGGAAUCGUUGGAGAGGUUCAUGGCAGACAACCCCGAUCAAGGGACCGGGGCGAGAGCUUUUACUGAAGCCGUUGCGGUGGUCAAGGGUAACAUCCGAUGGAUUGAACAGAACUAUGAAGAUGUUGAUCAAUGGCUCCAGGCUGCUGUGACUGAGACGAAGGCCUGGAUGGACAUUCGUCUCCCACACACCUUGAUGCCCGAACACUACGACCUGAUGGUCAGAACCGACCUAACAAACUUUGUCUUCAGUGGCUCCAUCAAAAUUCUCAUCCAUUGCGACAUGAAGACGGACGUCAUCUUGGUCCACAGUAAAUACCUCAACAUCACCGAGGGUGUGACGACGUUAGUGCACGCUGACGGCGGUAAGGCCCCCACAAUAUCCAAGGAACCCUGGCUCUACAAGGAGAAUGAAUUUCUGGUGGUUGAGCUUAAUUCUUACUUGACUCCUGGGGAGAAGUACAAUCUGUAUUUGGAGUUUGUCGGUCCGCUAGAUGAACGCUUGUCUGGCUUCUACCGAAGUUCAUACACUACAAAACUGGGGGAGGAAAGACACUUGGCAAACACCUUCUUUGACCCGAUCUACGCUCGUUUUGCCUUCCCUUGUUUUGACGAACCGGACAUGAAAGCAACAUUCACCAUCACCCUGGAGAAUGAGCCCAUGUACCACGCCCUCGCCAACACUCCCCAGGUCGGAGACGAUGAAGUACUCAGUGAUGGAUGGAUCAGAGCUACGUUUGAAGAAACCGUCAAGAUGCCGACGUACCUCGUGUGCUAUGUCAUCAGUGAUUUCAAGGCCAAGUUUACAACCACAGCAAAUGGUGUUAAGUUUGGUGUAUGGGCUCAAGAAGAUUUCAUCAACCAGACUGACUAUGCAUUGGAGAAGGGAGCGGCCAUCUUGGAUUACUUUGACAACCUGUACGGGUUGGACAUUAAGUAUCCAUUGGCUAAACUGGACAUGGUUGCUCUGCCGGCUUUUUCUGCUGGUGCCAUGGAAAACUGGGGUCUCGUCACGUACCGGGAAAGCACCCUCUUGUAUGAAGAAGGCGUAUCAACUGCCAGUCGGCAACAGCGAGUGUGUACUAUUAUUGCUCACGAGCUAGCACAUCAGUGGUUUGGUAAUCUUGUUACGAUGAAGUGGUGGGACCAACUCUGGUUGAAUGAGGGAAUUACAAGCUACAUGGAAUACGUCGGCACGGCUGAAGUUGAACAGGACUGGGCAAUGUGGGACAAGUUUGUUGUGUAUGAUCUGAAGAGUGCAAUGGGGGUUGAUGACGAGGUGGGAUCCAGACCUAUCGUUUCUCCGGCAAACACACCAGAGGAGAUUGACGGCAUGUUUGACACCAUCACGUACCAAAAGGGUGCAUCUGUUACCCGCAUGAUGAACAACUUCCUCGGUGAAAGCACAUUUUUAAAAGGAAUUAAGAAUUAUUUGGUAGCGAGACAAUACGACACAGCAGAGAACAGUGAUCUAUGGUUCCACUUACAAGCGGCAGCCGAUGAGGAUGGCAUUGAUUUCGGGGAUGGCAUUACCAUGGAAACCAUUAUGAAACCAUGGGUGCGUCAGUCGGGUUUCCCUGUCGUCACGGUGACAAGACGCUACACCGGUGAGGAGAAGAUCACCAUCUUGGCCUCCCAGAAGAGAUUCCUUGCAGAUCCUGCAUUAGAUACCCCGUCCUCAAAAUAUGAAGAUUUCGGAUACGAGUGGUACGUGCCUCUAACAUACAUUACAUCAGCCAACCCGUCUUUUAACCAGCCGGACUAUAAAUGGAUGGUGCCCAUGGAAGAUGUGACAAUGAUAGAGAGAAGCGAUAUUGGUGGAGACACCGACUGGCUCCUGAUGAAUAUUGAUCAGCAAGGUGUGUACCGCGUGAACUAUGAUGAUGCAAACUGGAAACUUCUCGCUACACAACUCAGGAAUGACCAUCAGGUAAUUUCGCCAGCCAGUCGUGCGGCUCUUAUCAAUGAUGCAUUUUUCCUGGCCAGUUCCGAUGAUCUGGAUGAAGUCAUCGCUCUGGAAAUGACUUCUUACCUUAAAGAAGAAAGAGACUACGUUCCUUGGUACAUGGUGGACACCAAUGUAGGAUAUGACUAUGAUCAACUGGCCCUAACUGAAGCUAAUGCUACGUUUGAGGCCUAUAUAAAAGGGCAGGUUGAACCAAUGUACAAGUACAUCGGCUGGGGAGACGGAGGUGGCAACCUUAGGAGGUUGAGUCGUACUCGUAUUGUCAGAAUGGCAUGCCAAUAUCGCAUCGAGAACUGCACCACGACAGCUCGCAAUCAAUAUCAACAAUGGAUGGCGGACUCUUCAUUUUAUUUAUACCCAGAUCUGCAGCCUACUGUACUCUGCACAGGUAUCGCUGAAGGCAACCAGGCACAAUGGGAUUACGCCUUUGAAGUAUUCAAAGAUCCUGACACGGAUUCCACGCUCAAGUCGGACAUCCGAUCGGCUCUUGCCUGUAGCAGGGAUCAAGCAACCCUUAGCAUGUAUUUGAAUGAGAUUCUGAACACCAGUGUCAUCAGUGAAUCAGAUGGUAGGAGUGUUCUAACUACCGUCGCUAGCAAACCCGCCGGGAGAGAACUGGCAUGGGACUUCUACACGUCUAACUUGGAGUACUUCAUUAAGACAUAUGGCGACAGUGUUUCCCAGUAUUCGAGCAUCAUAUCGGCCGUCACAUCGGAUUUUAACACACAAGAAAAACUAGAUGAGGUUUUCAAGGAUUAA